CACUCAGUCCUCUGGUCUUCAGGAUGUCUCCUCUCGUUGCGCGUCUGCUGCUGCUUGUCUGCUUGGCUUUACCUCUCUAUGGCGUGGAAAAGGUGAGAAAUAGAGGAUACCGAAAGGAUCCUGAUGCUGACAAGUGCUCUGGAAAUGAUGCAGAAAAGCCCAACUGCACCAGACACUCUGGAGAAGGACGAUCUGCUUAUUUGAGCAACAUGCUUGGCAGCUGCUUGCAGGGCCCAGCAGGCACCCCCGGCAGAGAGGGUAACCCUGGAGCUAACGGCAUCCCGGGCACGCCGGGCAUCCCAGGCCGCGAUGGGCUCAAGGGUGAGAAAGGGGAAUGCAUCAGUGAGAUCUUCGAGGAGCCCUGGAGGCCGAACUACAAGCAGUGUGCCUGGAACUCUCUGAAUUAUGGGAUCGAUCUGGGUAAAGUGGCUGACUGCACGUUCACCAAGCUGCGUUCAGACAGCACUCUCAGAGUCCUCUUCAGCGGUUCCCUCAGACUCAAGUGUAAGAACGCAUGCUGCCAGCGGUGGUACUUCACAUUCAAUGGAGCAGAGUGCACGGGACCGCUGCCCAUAGAGUCCAUCAUAUACUUGGACCAAGGAAGCCCAGAGCUCAACUCAACCAUCAACAUCCACAGGACGUCCUCAGUUGAAGGCCUGUGUGAGGGCGUCAAAUCGGGGCUGGUGGAUGUGGCGGUGUGGGUGGGGACCUGCGCUGACUAUCCAAGAGGUGACGCAUCCACGGGGUGGAAUUCUGUAUCCAGGAUUAUCAUUGAGGAACUGCCGAAGUAAGAAAAAGAGAA